GAGACCGGGAGAGGUCACGAAGCAUUCUGUGGGUAUAUAAUGAGAGUCGAGUGCCCAAAUGGGCAUCAGAGUGAUCUGGCCUACCCGACGAAAAGCAAUCAUGAAGCUGGUGCUCGUAGUAUCCCUCCUGGCAGUCAGCGCCUUGGCUGACAAGGCUCCUGGCGCCAACCCCAAAUUCGCCGCGAUCCUGAAGAACGACCAGCACGCCCCGGACGAGUUCGGGAACCACAACAGCGACUGGGAGACUGAGAACGGGAUCGAGGUCCACAUCUCGGGAUCCCAGGGGGCCACCGGGGGCGCCAAUGUCAUAGGAUCGUGGAGCUACACCCAGGACGACGGCAGCGUCGCCAACCUGAAGUUCGUGGCCGACGAGAACGGAUACCAGCCCGAGUCUGACCUCCUGCCAGUGGCCCCACACUUCCCCCACCCGAUCCCACAGUUCGUCCUCGACCAGAUCGAGUUCGCCAGGCUCGAGGACGAGCGUAGGGCCCGCGGAGGCGCCAGUUCCGAGAACUAAAGUGACAUCAUCGAGGACCACCAGUUUUGAACGGAUUUCGCGAACGGACGCUUCAACAACAAUCUAAUUUAUUGAAAUCUAGAUGAUAUUUAUGAAUAUGGCUUUAUAUUUGAAGGUUCAUUAAUAAAAGGACGACUUUAAGAA